AUGGCUUUUCCCACCCACAUCCACGUGGCAUCAGUGCCCACUGGCCACUUGCUGAGGCAGGACGGAAGCCGCAGUGUAAAGAUCGGCUGGGGUUCUGUCUGUCACUUCCCCACCGACUGCCCAGCAGAGCUUUGCAAGCCGCCCCCAGAGGUCAGGAAUGCUGUGUUCAGAGCACCCGCGUACAAGGUGGGCACCGUCCUCAACUGCCAGUGCGAGACGGGCUUCCGCAGGGUCAGCCGCCGGCCCUUCGUGCGCUGCACUGGGAAUGCCAGCCGCGCCACAUGGGACAAGGAGUGCCAGUGCGUGAGGACCUGCCACUGCAGAGAGCCCCCACCUUGGGAACAUGAGGAGUCCAGGAGAUCGUACCAUUUUGUGGUGGGGCAGGAGCUUUACUACCAGUGCACCCAGGGGUUCAGGGCAGGUCAGAGGGAUCCUGUCAGGAGCAUCUGUGAAGUGAGCUGUGGGGAGACCUACUGGACCCCGCCACAGCUCACCUGCGUGAGAGACGGGGGACUUGGCCCAGUCCCAGGAGACGAACAGAUUCCUCCAGAAGCUCCAGGGAGCCACACCGCCUGCCUGCGCCCCACAGCCGGGGCCCCCGCGGGGACGGCUGAACCAGCAGAACCCCCGGCACACACCGGAGCUGCUGUGGCCACCGAGUGGCCGUUACCCAUCAAGUAUCUGAUAGCAGCUGCCUGCUAUGCACUCCUGCUCCUGCUUGCCGGUGUCCUGCUCCUCGGAGGCCUUGCGUGGCAACGCAAAUGGAGGAAGAUGAGAGGAACCAUUUAGGCCAGGAGGACAAGGUCGCCAGCCUCUUCCAGGAGGCCUUCAGGGUUCCACCAGAUCCUGUGUGCUGAAGGCAUUGCCCCCCC